CAGUCUCUUGCAAAGCCGCAGCCGAGUGGGAUUGGGAACCUGUGGCCCGGCUCCACGCGUCCCCGUCCCCUCCGUGGCCCUAGCCCCGGCCAUGAAGCGUAUCUUCUCCUGCUCCAGUUCACAAGUGGCGGUGGAGAAAUGGAACCGUCGUGACCAGAAGCUGCUGGAGGCCGUGCAGCGGGGGGAUGUGGGACGCGUGGCAGCCUUGGCCUCUAGGAAGUCAGCCCGACCCACCAAAUUAGAUUCGAAUGGCCAGUCCCCGUUUCAUCUGGCUGCCUCCAAAGGCCUGACAGAGUGCCUGACAAUAUUGCUUGCAAAUGGGGCUGACAUCAACAGUAAGAAUGAAGAUGGAAGCACCGCCCUUCAUUUGGCCACCAUCUCCUGCCAGCCACAGUGUGUGAAGGUCUUGCUGCAGCAUGGUGCUAAUGAAGAUGCUGUGGAUGCAGAGAACCGCAGUCCAUUACACUGGGCAGCCUCCUCUGGCUGUGCCUCAAGUGUCCUCCUGUUGUGUGACCAUGAGGCCUUCCUGGACGUGCUGGACAACGAUGGACGCACACCCCUGAUGAUUGCAUCACUGGGUGGUCAUGCAGCUAUCUGCUCACAGCUGCUGCAGAGAGGUGCCCGGGUUAAUGUCACAGACAAGGAUGACAAAUCAGCUUUGAUCCUGGCCUGUGAGAAAGGCAGCUCUGAGGUGGCUGAGCUGCUCCUGAGCCACGGAGCGGAUGCUGGAGCGGUGGACAGCUUGGGGCACAGUGCUCUGCAUUAUGCUCGGCACACACAAGACAAGGAGCUGUGGAGGCUGCUACAGCAGGCCCUGAACCGGCGGCAGAGAGGCGGUCAUGCACUGGUUCAACACCCAGAUCAUACAUCUCAGGCCUCUCCAUCUGAGCCUUAUGUGGCAGCACCUUCUAAGAGCUCAUGGAGAUCAGAGCCUGAGGAAAAGCAGGAGGAAGAGGAAGAGCGGCGCUCAGAAGGGUGGAAGUGGAAGUAUAAAGAGGAGCAGAAGAAAGUUUAUCAGUUGGAGCAAGAGCUGAUGCAAAAGACAGAAGAGUGCAAGGCUAGAGCUGCAGCCAUCUUAGGCCUGGAGAACCAGAUUCGAGAGCAAGUGCAAGAACUAGAGUGUCUCCUAUUGCAGAAGCCUGGAGCUCCAGGAAGACUGAGCCCUGGCCUCCGGCCUGGAGGAGAUGGUAUGGAGGAAGGUUGUCCCGUGAACCUGUUGGCUGAGCGGAUCCAAGAGCUAAAGAAGCAGCAGAAGACAGCAGCCACAACAGACCCAACAGUAGCUCCCAAGAGAGCUGAAGAGUUAGCGCCAGCAGAGAUCCAGGAUGAAGUGCAUGGAAAGCCCCAGCAAGAACAGGCACCACCCCAGAGCCCAGGGUCUGAGACUAUUGGAAAAGCCACAGGACAGCAACUGAACACCAAUGGGGAACAAAACCUUGGCCUCGAUAACAUUGAGAAGAAGAGGCCCCAGGAUCCCGGGAAUGUACCAGCAGGCACAGUGCGGGAACCAGUGGGCAUAGCAGCUAUGAACCAGCUCCUCCUACAGCUAGGGGAAGAGUUGGCUGCAGUGUGGCGGGAAAAGGAUGUGGCCAGAGGGGCUUUGUCAAGGCCAGUACUGGAGGGAGCCCUGGGGACUCCCAGAGCUGAGGCUGCAGCAGCUGCCUGGGAGAGGAUGGAAGCCAGGCUGGAGAGGGUGCUGGUGAGGUUGGAUCAAGCAAAAGUGGGACUGCAGGUGAAACCCGAGGUCCCUGCCCAGGGAUCCAGAGAGAGAGCCCCAAAGGCAGUCCCAGGAUGCAUUAAAGAGCAGGAAGAAAAGAGCGCUCCCGGAGCCAGAGGAGAACCCUUAGGGGCCCCUGGAGGAGAACAGGCCUCAGGAGGAGGCCUGGCCAAGGGACACCUGGAGAAAGAGGUGUCGGCACUGAGACUGAGCAACAGCAACUUGCUGGAGGAAUUGGGAGAGCUGGGCCGUGAGAGGCAACGCUUGCAGGGAGAGCUGCAGUCCUUGACCCAGAGGCUACAACGGGAGUUUGUGCCCAAGCCCGAGGCGCAGGUCCAGCUACAGCAGUUGCGGCGGAGCGUUGGGUUGUUGACCGAUGAACUGGCUAUGGAGAAGGAGGCUACAGAGAAGCUGCGCAGGCGACUGGCCUCCCAGAACAGCAGCCUCCAAGGACUGUGGAACUGCCUUCCCCCAGACCUUGUGGGCAAGGGGAAUGCACGGAGUACAGCUGCAGAACCCCUGGAGGAGCUGCAGGCUUGCAUCAGUACCCUGGUGGACAAGCACCUUGAGGCCCAGAAGAUGCUGGCUCGGUUGGAGGAGGAAAACCAACAGCUGAGGGGACCUUCGGCCCCCUGUGGAGAGCCAGAGGCAUCCCUGAAGGCCACAGCAUCCCCCCAAGUGGCUGCCCUGGAAGAAGAUCUGGGGAAGCUAGAAGGAGAGCUACGGGCGGUGCAGGCCACGAUGAGUGGGAAGAGCCAGGAGAUAUGCAAGCUGAAGCAGCUGCUUUACCAAGCCACAGAGGAAGUGGCUGAGCUGAGGUCUCGGGAAGCAGCCAGCCUGCGGCAGCACGAGAAAACGCGAGGCUCACUGGUGGCCCAGGCUCAGGCUUGGGGCCAGGAGCUCAAAGCUGUGCUGGAGAAGUACAAUAUAGCCUGUCGGGAAAUGGUUCGGUUGCGGGACACCGCGGCAGAGGAGCGCCGCCGCAGCGAGGACCUGGCGGCUCGGGCGGCUGAGCAGGAGCGCCAGGCUGGCGAGAUGCGCGGGCGCUCGGAGCAGUUCGAGAAAACCGCUGAGCUGCUGAAAGAGAAGACGGACCACCUCAUCGGGGCUUGCCGGGACAAGGAAGCCAAGAUCAAGGAAUUGUUGAAGAAGCUGGAGCAGCUUUCAGAGGAAGUUCUAGAAGUCCGGGGUGAAAAUACACACCUGGCCCUGCAGCUGCAGGAUUCCCAAAAGAACCAUGAAGAGAUCAUCUCCACCUACAGGAAUCAUCUACUGAAUGCUGCUCGGGGCUACAUGGAGCAAGAUGUGUACAAUAUCCUACUUCGAAUCCUCAGCAUGCAGGAGUGAGGCAGGCUCACUGCUACCCUCAGAGAUAGUGGCAUUUCCCUUUUGGAAUAAGAGCAUUGCUUGGUACACAGAGGCUCUCUCUAUCAAGCUGUGGUGGGCAGGUGGUGGGUGGGUGAUUGCCCACUAGGUGUGGUGUGAGAAGGGUUUCACUGGACACGUGGGCCCCAGACCUGAAACCCUGCACCCUGGAGUCAGCACAGAUCAGGCCAGAAUUGUGGAUGUAAACUAGCUCUAUGGAAAAUAAAGUAGAAAACUAUAA